AUGGCCGUGUUUUUGCUAAAAAAAAAUGGAAUCCAUUUUGUAAUGAAUAAUAAGCCUCUAUACUCAAAUGGCUUCAAUGGAUAUUGGAUGAUGUACAUGUCAUCUGAUCCAUCUACCAGGACCAAAGUCACAUCUGCAUUCCAACAAGCCUCCAAGUAUGGCAUGAAUAUUGCAAGAACCUGGGCUUUUAGUGAUGGUGGAGAUGAUGAGCCCCUUCAGAUUUCUCCAGGUUCCUACGAUGAGGACAUGCAUGGAUUGGAUUUCGUGAUAUCAGAAGCUAGGAAAUAUGAGAUUUGUGUGAUACUGAGCUUGGUGAAUAACUACAAAGAUUACGGGGGCAGAUCACAUUAUGUUCAGUGGGCAAGGGAACGUGGCCAACAAUUGAGUCACUACGAGGAGUUCUAA